AUGAAGUUCCUCGCCCUCGCCUUCCCCGCGCUCCUCGCAACCUCCGCCACCGCACGAUCAACAGGCCUCUUCACAACCUCCGACGUCACGCCACAGGACGACACAAACCUCUCAGUCCCAGGCGAUAACCCACUCGAACACUGCGCAGACCCAAAGGACGACAUCCUCGCGAUCAAGAGCGUAGACCUCAGCCCUAACCCACCUCUCGCCGGUCAGACUCUCUCCAUAGCCGCCAAAGGCGUCCUCGCCAAAGACGUCGAGGAAGGUGCCCAGGUUCAUCUGACUGUCAAGUACGGCCUCAUCACCAUCAUCCGCCAGACCGCCGACUUGUGUGAGACAGUGAAGAAGGUGGACUUGGAAUGCCCGCUGAAGAAGGGCGAGCUUGAGUUGGUCAAGGAUGUGGAUCUGCCGAAGGAGAUUCCACCGGGGAAGUACACGGUUGAGGCAAAGGUGGUGACGAAGGAUGAGGAUGAUGUUACGUGCUUGAAGGCGACUGUGCAGUUCAAGAUGGGUGGGAAGGGUCUCUUCAAGCAGGGGCUUUAG